CAGCUAAUUAACCCACAUGGACACAGAGAGAGAUAGAUAGAUAUAUAGAUAUGCAAAUCUUGUUUAUAAUUUAGUAGUUGGUUAUCCACUUAUCCUAAUCCAAUCCAAAUGAUUAUAUGUUUCUCCUAUUCUUAGUUUGUGCUGCAUGCAUGACGUAAAAUUGGGGGUAGCACUGGCAGGUGCAGGUAGAUCAUGAAUUGGUGAUGGGAUCAUGCCUCUCAGGUUUGGGUUUGGGUUCAGGUUCAUCUCCUGCUCCUCCUUCUCCUUCUCCUUCUCCUUGUGAAUCAUCCACAUCCACAUCCACAUCCACAUCCACAUCCACAUCCACAUCCACCGCUGCUGCUGAUUAUAACGUCGAAAUACGGUUGCACAGAGUUCGUGGCAGACUCGUCUUGAACGGAUCCUCCCACGUUGCAUCCUUGUUCUCUAAGCAAGGAAGAAAAGGGAUCAACCAGGAUGCUAUGCUUCUUUGGGAGAACUUUCGUUCAAUGGAGGACACCGUUUUUUGUGGUGUUUUUGAUGGCCAUGGACCUUAUGGCCAUAUGGUUGCCAAGAAAGUCAGGGAUUCUUUCCCUUUAAAGCUCAUGGCUCAAUGUGAAUACAUGGAUGAUCUUGAUCUUUCAGAUGGACAUGGACUCAUCAAUGAUAAUGAUAUUCAUGGGAUUAAUUUUGUUAAACUAAGACAAUCAUUUUCAAAGGCAUGUAAGAUUAUGGACAAACAACUCAAACUGCACCAUCAUAGUGAUUGCUAUUGCAGUGGUACUACAGCAGUCACCUUGCUCAAGCAGGGGCACCACCUUGUUAUUGCAAAUGUCGGGGACUCCAGAGCUGUAUUGGCUACCCGAGAUCAACAUGAUGAUUCUAUUUUUGCUCAUCAGUUGACCACUGACUUUAAGCCAAAUCUUCCAAGGGAAGCAGAGAGGAUCAGGCUUUGUAAAGGAAGGGUGUUUGCCAUUGAGAAAGAACCACAAGUUGCUCGAGUUUGGUUGCCUAACGUUGAUGCCCCUGGCCUUGCUAUGACACGGGCUUUUGGAGAUUUUUGCCUGAAGGACUACGGCGUCAUCUCUGUUCCUGAUGUCUCACAUCACCGCCUCACUGAGAAAGAUGAAUUUGUUGUAUUAGCCACAGAUGGGGUUUGGGAUGUUUUAUCAAACAAAGAGGUUGUGGGGAUUGUGGCAUCUGCUCCACGGUCUUCUGCAGCUAAAGUACUGGUUGAAUCAGCCGUUCAAGCAUGGAGGACGAAGCUUCCCACUUCUAAGGUUGAUGAUUGCUCUGUAGUUUGCCUCUUCUUUGAUACUCAUGCAAACCUAAAUUCAGCAAAUAACAUAAACAACUUGAUACCAGAGGCAUCAAUUAACCAUUCUGACACUGUAGUUCAGAAAUCACCACCAUAUAGGGAGGGAGGGGACAAGGAAAUCACAGUUGUAACCUGACCAGCAGCAGCAAUAGGCCAAUAGCAUGUCUUGUCUUUUUUUUCUUUUUUUCAUGUCUCUUCCCAAGCCUCACUAAUUUUAUUAAGGCUGGGAGAAUUAGGAUGCAUCAUUAUUUUGAUGAUAAUUUUGGUUAAUUUUUCUGCCAAUUUUCUUUUAA